AUGGCAGCAUCUCUCUUUCUCAACCGCCUGAAACUUAUCAACUCUCACCUUGGCGGAUCUCUCCAUCCGACUGCCUCCUUCCUCUCUACGAAGCACAUCAGCCCGACCGUCCAGCUUCCGCCCUUCACGGCGAGUCGACCAGCUGCCUACAGAUGCUACUUUAGCCCGGACAUCGUUCCUGAUACCGACUCCGAUGACGACGUCGGUGAAGGUUUCCCCACCUUCGUUUCGCUCUUCGGCGCUGUUUCUCACUGUGGCAAACACGUGGACAUCAACGGCUAUGGCGCCAAGUUGAAGCUUGACCACGACGGAGUGCACAUAAAUGCUUUCCUGCCCGGAGUGAAAAGGGAAAAUGUGAAGGUGUCGGUCAACCGUGGGAAGCUGUGCAUUGAGGGGACGAAGAAGGAUUUUGAGGAGCAGGCAGAAGAGACGAAGAUGGAGUACGAGAGCCCCGACGGCUGGAUACCGAAGGAUCUAUACAAUACCGACCAGAUGACAGCUAACAUGAAGGACGGGGUUUUGAAAGUUUUCCUUCCCAGGAUGAAAAGGGUCAUCAAGGUUGAGUAA